AGGACGCGGAUGUAAAAAUCAGUCUGUUGAUGAUUUAAAAAAAAAAAAAAAGACUGCCAACGACAACCUGCUUUUGUGUUCCGACUGUUUCUCCUCUGGUGGCCGCGAGUGUGCUUCCCACUUUCUCACACUUCGGUGCGUGAAUGAGGAGAAAGAGGCGGAGGUCGGGCGGCAGGCAGGCAGGCGGGAGUCUUCGGUGGUCGGAUGGAGGCGGUGUGUGUGGCCAUGGAGGAUGUGUCGGUGAAAGCAUCUUCUCGGAACGUGGCUGUGGAAAGGAAGAACCUCAUCACCGUGUGCAGGUUCUCAGUGAAAACCCUUCUGGAGCAAGACACGGCCGAGCCCAUCGAUGACUCAUCGGAGGCGUUCAUCAAUUUUGCGGCCGUUCUGGAGCACAUCCUUUGCCACCGCUUUAAAGGCUCUGGAAGCUGGUUCGAUGGCCAGAGAAGUUUCUGGGACUUCAUCCGAUUGGCUUGUGCCAAAGUGCCCCACAGCUGCAUUCACAGCAUCGAGAGCAUGGAAAACAUCAGCCCCUCAAGAGCUAAAGGACGAGCCUGGAUGAGAGUGGCCCUGAUGGAGAAGAGGCUGUCGGAAUAUGUGGCGACUGCCCUAAGGGACAUUAGGACCACGAGGCGGUUCUAUGCAGAUGGUGCCAUCAUGCUAAGAGAAGAAGCCACCGUGCUAACUGGGAUGCUAAUAGGCCUCGGCGCAAUAGACUUCAGUUUUUGUCUCAAAGGGGAAGCCUUGGAUGGAAAAUCCCCUGCAGUUGUUGACUACACGCCAUAUUUGAAAUUCACACAAAGCUACGAUUACGUGAGCGACGACGACGACAGCAGCGCGAGUGACGACGACGCCCCCGAACAUCCGUACGUCCCACUGGUCGCCGACGAGGAGAGCUGGAGCACCAAGUGCCGCAAGAUGGAGCAGAGGUUUAAGAUUAUUAACGCUCAGAAGGGUUACUUAGAGGAGCUGGUGCGUCUGCGCGAAUCCCAGCUGAAGAACACGGAGGCAGAGAACAAAAGGCUGAAAGCCCGCCUGGAAGAGGUCCACCGUCAGAGCCAGCAAGAGAAGAAGGAGCUGGAGGACGUCGUCCUGGAACUUCAGGAGCAACUAACAAGUUUAAUUCCAUGCGAUGCCAACCACCUAGCCAAAAACCUAACCAUCCCAUUAGUGAACCAAUGGCCUCUGCUUGAACCUCACAGCAGUCAGGAUGAACUCAAGCUCUUCCGCAGGAGGAGUUUCCCCAGCACCGAGCUGCUGUCAGUGGAGAUCAGCCUGGAUUCAGACCCUCCAAGGACGGUGGGGAAGCCGAACGGAGGCGCCUGGUGCACAGAAAAAGCCUACACCCCCUCUCUGAUGGGACUUUGUGGCUCUUUGGGCUCCUUCCCAAGCUGCAAGUCUCUCUCAAGCCUCAAGUCCAGUGAGUGCCUGGUAAACAUCAGCACUGACAACAGUCCUGCACUCUCUCCCAGCUAGGGGGCGCCAAAGCAAACAGACAAUACAGCUUGAAACAAAUUGCUUUCAUGACUUGAUGGACGCUCUUCAUUUGUCCACUAUUUCUUUCUCCACUUUGUCCGUGAAAGAGUGUUGGGUGAAAAAAAACAAGCUGCUGUACUGCCUCUUAGUAUCAUACGCGUGUCUUCGCUGUCCAUUGUCAAGAGGACACUACUGUUGUCUAAAUGUCUUAUCAGCUUUUCACUUUAUCUCUUUAUCCUGACAGUUGCAUAAAAGUAGCAGUGCAGAAUAGAUGAGCUGGUCACGGCGAUAAAGUAAUGCGAUGAUGUCAAACAAACAAAAAACAUACUUCCUUGAGAGUUAGCAAAUAGCCUAGCAUAUUAGAGUCAGACUGAACUGCAUAAAGUGUAAACUCAUAAAUACUAACGUGACUAUGCAGGACGAAUGUGUUCAAGUGUGUGUCCUCAUUGUUUCACCUGCUCUUUUAUUUAUUUCACGACUCAGCAGCACAUUGUCCUGUAAUUGUUGCAGUGAGCGCUGUUAUGGGAUAUGUUGUAGUAUUUUGAAUGCAAUAAACCUGCCUUUUUCUCAACAA